AUGCCGCCGUCAUUACCGUAUGCUGCCGACGUAGAGUCGCCUCUUAAGCCUGAAGAGCUGCAAGUCCUUCGCGCACAGUACGAGAAAGAGGGCGAAUAUGUUGGGUUGCAGACAAAGUUCAACUACGCAUGGGGCUUGAUCAAGUCAACCUCUCGUCCCGACCAACAAGAGGGCGUGCGCUUGCUCUCUGAGAUCUUUCGCAACUCGCGCGAGCGUCGGCGCGAAUGCCUCUACUACCUCGCUCUGGGCAACUACAAGCUCGGCAAUUACGCUGAGGCCCGACGAUACAACGAGCUCUUGCUGGAGCUGGAGCCUGCAAACUUGCAGGCUGGGAGCUUGAAGAGUCUCAUCGACGAGAAGGUUGCAAAGGAAGGGCUUCUUCCGAUCGACGUUUGUGCCUCUCCACUACUAGAGCGUUGCUUCCUGACUGGAUCACUUGCACCAAACUCUCGACUACGCCCUAUCACCCUACAUAUUAUCCUACGCGAUACGUACGCUAUCAUGGACCGGUCAAGUGGUGAGAAUGCGCAAUCACAAACCCAGCGGCCCGGCCACCGCGACAUGAUGUUUUGUCACGAAUGCGCCGAUGAAUGGUACCGGGACGAACAUGGUCUAUCCUGCCCAGAAUGCGGCUCAGACUUCACAGAGAUCAUUGAAGAGAACAAUGACCCCCGAGACAGUAACAUGUUUGGACAUGACGGCGACGACUCUGACUCCAUACCUGGUUUUGGACAAGGCCAACCUCGCAAUCCGCACCAUAAUUCGUCGCAUAAUGACGAUCCAGAGGAGGACGACAUUAGCAAUAUUCGAUUCGUACAGACCGCCCCCGGACGCUACAACCUACAAGCUACUGUCACCAGGUCCGUGUCCCCCCACGGAGGCAUGCCACCAGGAUCCAUAGGCGGCUUUAUGGCCAUGCUGAACGGCUUGACUGGCGCUGGCCUACGGCCGCAGGGCCAGCAACAGACUCCGGGGCAAGGCCAGGGUGAAGGUCUCUUUUCUGGCCCAGGGACCAAUCAGAAUCAGUCUGCUUUCCACGAAUCACAGAACGAAGGUACAGAAGGAGGCCCUCAGAUCCGGGGAGGAAGAUUCACAUACCACGGUGGAGUUCGUCUCUUUCCUCCCGGCGGAAACGGCGCUGGGCGGGCCGAGCCUGUGGACGAGCUAACAAACGUUAUGACGGGGCUCUUUGCCGCUUUCGGUGCACCUCCUGGCCACGUUCACGCCCAUGCCUUUCCUCAAGGCGGAGCCCAGGGCUCUUUUAGUGGAGAGCACACUCAUGGCCCUGGAGAACGGGUCAUGGGCAACCCCAUUCUCAACUUGUUCUCUGCAAUGGGCAUGAUGGUUCCUGGGGCUGGCAACAUGGGAGACUUUGUAUAUUCACAAGAAGGCCUCGACCGCAUCGUCUCUCAGCUCAUGGAACAGACGGCGACCAGCAAUGCACCCGGCCCCGCCACUCAGGCUGAUAUCGACGCCCUACCCCGGAAAGAAGUUACCGAGGAGAUGCUAGGCGAAGAGCACAAGGCUGAAUGUAGCAUAUGUAUGGACGAGGUUAAUAUCGGUGAACAGGUGACAAUGCUGCCGUGCAAGCAUUGGUUCCAUCACCCGUGCAUAUCCGCAUGGCUGCUAGAGCACGAUACCUGCCCGCAUUGCCGAAAGGGCAUCACCAAGGGUGGUCAGGACCAGUCUGGCAACCCUGCCCCAUCGGGCGGUCACGAUGAUCCCACAUCCCAGAUGCCUGGUGCGUUUACUGCGGGUCCACAAUCCUCCACCGAGGGCAACUCGUCUAAUAACGCAAAUGCAGGCUCAGGCAAUGGUGGCAUCAGCGACCGGAUACGAAGGGGUCUGUUUGGAUCUCCACAUUAG